UUGCCGGACCGAAGAGAUAGAAGUGUUACUACAGAGCUGCUGCUGGUGGAGGACAGUCUGGGAGCUGAGGAUAAUGCUCCAUCCCUCAGCGUACAGCAGCACACCGGACACCUUGUAAUUUCUUGUGGUGGCCUCUGUGAAGGAGGAGGGUCUUUAUUUUUGCAGCUGUGAUUGUCUUUUUUUUUUUUUUUUUUACCCUUUCCAUUACAUCUUCCUCGUUCCUAUUCACUCCUUAUCUCUCUGCAACUGGCAAUCGCUGGGCUCUCCCCCUCCUCUCUUUUCUACUUCUGUCCCCUUUUCCAGUGGAGGGAUUUCUGUAUUUCAUCAGGGAUUGUAGAAGACAUGUCUCUUUGGGAAUGAUGGUGUUGCCAACGGUAUCGCCCUCACUGUCGCAAUGACGAUGCCAUUUAGCCCCCUGUCCAGCGACGAGGAACAACAAAGGAUGCUGGGUAACAAUAGACAUCUUUAUCCUGGGGCAGAGGACGACGAAGAAGAGGAAGAAGAAGAGGAGGAAGAAAUGGAAGAAGAUGAGCGUGAUGAAGACAGGGAGGAGGAGGAAAAUGGUGAGCUAGAGGGGGAGGAGGAAGAUGAUGAGGAGUUGGUGGAAGAGGUCAGGCGAGGAGGCCUGUCUCGGAUGGGCAGGGGUGAGGCCCACAGGCAGUCUGGUAAAAUGGCUGGACGACCCACCGGGGACCGCCAGAUCCGGCCGGGAAACCCUGGACACACCUCAAACCCCUAUUCAUCCAAUCCUGGUCCCACACACCAAACGGGCAAUCAGAUACAGCAGCAGCAACAACAGAGGAGGCUGAAGGACCGCAGUGCCAGCUCAGUGCCAUCUGAAGACGCCCACAUCGCCAUGAUGGUGUUUCGCAUCGGCAUCCCAGACAUAAAGCAAACGAAAUGUUUGCGGUUUAACCCAGAUGCCACCGUGUGGAAGGCCAAACAGCAGGUGCUGUGCUCCCUGACUGAAUCUCUGCGAGAUGUCCUGAACUAUGGUCUGUUCCAACCUGCCACAGACGGCCAUGAUGCCAAGUUCCUGGAGGAGGAGAGGCUGCUCAGAGAGUACCCACAGUCCUUUGAAAAAGGGGUACCCUAUCUAGAGUUCCGAUAUAAAACCAGGGUUUACAAACAGACCAAUCUGGAUGAGAAGCAACUGGCCAAACUGCACACAAAGGCCAGCCUGAAGAAAUUUAUGGAUUACAUCCAAACCAGCACCGUAGACAAGAUGGCCAAGUUCUUAGACAAAGGCUUGGAUCCUAACUACCAGGAUGCUGAUACUGGUGAGACUCCUCUGUCCCUGGCAGUGCAGUGUGAGCCAGGUGGAGGUGAGGCCAUCCGGGUCCUGGUGGAUGGAGGGGCACAUAUCGACUUCCGUGCCAAAGAUGGACUCACACCGCUACACAAGGCUGUUCGAGGCCACCACCAUACAGCCCUGCUGGUGCUGUUGUCUUUGGGCGCAUCUCCAGACUACAAAGAUCGACGGGGGCUGACACCACUCUACCACACUGUGCUGACAGGGGGUGACACCUCCUGCUGUGAAACUCUGCUUUACCACCGCGCCAAAGUGGGCAUCAGGGACGAGAACGGCUGGGAUGAGACACAUCAGGCCUGUCAAAAUGGGAACUCACAACAUCUGGAGCACCUCCUUUUCUACGGGGCUGAUUCUUCUUCACAGAAUGCCUCUGGAAACACUGCCUUGCAUAUCUGUGCUUUAUACAACAAGGAAAGCUGUGCACGAAUUCUGCUUUACCGUGGAGCAAAUAAAGACACAAAGAAUAACAGUGGACAGACCCCCUUUCAGGUUGCUGUGAUGUCUGGCCAUUUUGAACUGGGAGAAAUUAUUAAAAACCACCGGGAUACAGAUGUGGUUCCCUUUGUGGAAUCUCCAAAGUACGCCCCUCAGAGGCGGGAGAGCACCCGGACACUGACAGUCCCCCACCCCCAUCCUUUCCUUCGGGCCAACAGUGACAGCAGUAUGAACUUGCCAGACUGGAUGGCAGUGCCCAAUGCACCAACCACCAACAUUGUCUCUGUGCAGGGCUAUAAACACACAGGAGCCCUGAGAAGCUCCAGCAGUCCCAGAGGAGCAAGGACACGCUCCCCAUCCCGAGGGAGAAUUGGAGAUAAGGAGGACCGGAGCAGGCAGAGUCGGAGACAGGGGCCUGCCCCCGCCACCACCACCGUACAAACUGCAGGCCAGAGGAGACGCCUGUACAGCGCCGUCCCGGGACGGGUCUUUGUAGCCACUCGAUCACACUCUGCACAGGGAGAGCGAGAAAUAAGCUUCAAUAAGGGAGACAGGGUCAAAGUGUUGAGUAUUGGCGAGGGCGGGUACUGGGAGGGGACGGUCAGAGGUCGCACAGGUUGGUUCCCCUCUGACUGUGUGGAGGAAGUGGUGCUUCGAAGCCAAGACAACCGAUCAGAGAGUCGUGGAGAACGAGCCAAAAGGUUGUUCCGCCAUUACACUGUGGGAUCCUACGACAGCUUUGAUGCUCCCACUGACUAUAUAAUCAAGGAGAAGACAGUGCUUCUGCAGAAAAAAGACAGUGAGGGAUUUGGCUUUGUGCUAAGAGGGGCCAAAGCUCAGACUCCCAUCGAAGAGUUUACUCCUACUCCAGCCUUCCCAGCCCUGCAGUACUUGGAGUCAGUGGAUGAGGGAGGCGUAGCCUGGAGAGCCGGUCUCAGGAUGGGAGAUUUUCUUAUAGAGGUCAAUGGUCAGAACGUAGUGAAGGUUGGUCACCGGCAGGUUGUCAACAUGAUCCGGCAGGGUGGCAACAGCCUCAUGGUCAAGGUUGUAAUGGUAACCCGCAACCCUGACAUGGAAGAUGGUGCAAGAAAGAAAAUCCCACAGCAGAGUAAAAGGCUGAGUACUCCAGCUAUCGCCCUUCGGUCCAAAUCAAUGACUUCAGAGCUGGAGGAGAUGGUGGAGAGAGCUGCUACCCCUUGGAAAAAAAAAUCAGAAUUCGAAUCCUCACAAGUUGCAGAGAAGAAGAGGACAGUUUAUCAGAUGGCUUUGAAUAAACUAGAUGAAAUUCUUGCAGCAGCUCAGCAGACAAUCAGCACCAAUGAGGCGCCAGGGACACGGGGACAGGGGCCAAAGAGAGACAGGGGAAGAAGUUUCUAUGGCAAUGAGCCGAACUACGGGGAUCAAUCUGGAAUGGGGAUGAUGUCAUCAGGGUUAGGCCUUGGCUAUGACCGUGGGUACACCUCAGGUCACGCCCCACAGCACGGUAUGCUGCGGCAGAAAUCCAUCGGUGUACCUGAGGAGGAGAAGCAGUUCCUGCAUCCUCCUACCAUGAAGUUUGCCCGGAGUCUGUCAGUGCCUGGCCCUGAUGACAUCCCUCCUCCUCCCACUACAGCUCCACCAGAUCCUCCGUUCUCCUCUGCUCCGCCACUUGGUUGGCGAGCGAAGUCAUCCCAGCAGCCCUCUGUUUCCGUGUCCCAGUCGACAUCCACCUCUGCACACUACCAGCCCUACUCCCAGUCAGUACACUUCGCCCAUGCUGGCAGGGAAAGGGCAGGUGCUCCCAGCAGUGGUCCUAGUGGUGGAGCAGCAGACCACACAUCGUAUGUACAUGCAGCUGCCCACACUGCUCAAAGCAGGACUGCUUCGCGAAAGGUUGCCCAUACUGGGGAGCCUGUUGGAGCUGGGAUGGGGGCUGUUUCGGGAGCUAAAGCAGCAGGUCUUAGGAGAGGCUACAGUACAGCUGUUCCCCCAUCCAGCAUUGCCACUGUAAUGCCCCAGCAACAACAGACUACCCAGAGUCAACCCCAGCGGGCAGACCGUAGUGCAGCUGCAGCAGCUGGUCCUAAAGGAGGGGCCAGGAGAGGUAAAGGCCCCCUGGUAAAGCAAUCUAAGGUAGAGGACCUGCGCAUAGGUCAGGGCACACUGGGGAGCAAAGACUCUGUGGAGAAAAGCUCCAUCCCUAUCCCCACCAUUAUCGUCAAAGCCCCUUCAACCAGCAGCAGUGGACGAAGCAGCCAGGGUAGCAGCGUGGAGGCUGAUGUUCCUGCAUCAGGGGAGGCAGAUGAAACAAAAAUACCCCAUGGUCCUCCACCUUCCACUCCUGCUCCUCAGCCUCCUGCUCCACCAUCUAUCCCAGCACCACCUCCUCCUUCCUUGCCUUCUAUUCGAGCCCAGGAUAAUCUGGAUUUUACCAGCCAGUUUGGGGCUGCAAUCGUUGGUGCAGCUCGCAGAGACAGGGAGAGAUUUCAUGAAGCCCGACGAAAGAGUGCCUCCUUGUUCAUGUCUGCUGAGGAGGACGUGAGUCUUGGGGGCGUGAGCGAUGGACUAGGAGGGGUAACAAGGACUCAGGUGUCACAGCAACAGCUUAACACACAGGCUGAAAGUUCAUCAACACGACUACGCCCCUCCAAGUCCAUUGAUGAAGGCAUGUUCUCUGGGGACACCUUCAUCCAUCACACCCGGAGUAUGCCUCCAGCCUUUGGACUACCCGAGUACUCCUCAUCUGCCCUGGACUAUCAGCCCAAGUCUGUUCCUGCUGAUUUGUACACAUCAGCAGGCAGACAGCCAGCGCCUUCCUCCAACACCACCUUCAUUCACCCUCUAACCGGGAAGGCGCUUGAUCCCACAUCACCACUAGGCCUCGCCCUGGCUGCCAGAGAACGUGCUCUGCGGGAUGACACUAGGUUGAGGAGGGGAACAGAGCACCACUUUGCCCGGCAGAUGUCAAGCGUGGUGUUUCCGUCAUCUACUGUCACCUCUCAGCCAGUGUCAUCCGCUGUGCAGUCCUCAAGCUCUUAUCUGGUCACAUCUUCUUCUUUGGCAGCAACCACGUCCUCUGUUGGUCGUCCACCCUCACCCAGAAUCCUCAGAGGAGUUGGGGGUGUGUGGGGAGAGGAAGGUGGUGGAGGGGAGAGGGAGCGGGAAGGAGGAGGGGCUCGUGAGGGGCUUAGAGUUCGAUUCUCUGAGGACAAAACUGUCCACACGCACCACUAUCAGUCUCAGCCAUAUCAGCCAUCUUACAAGGAGAGGGAGCGGGAGAGGUCAAGGGAACGGGAAAGAGAGCUGUCAAGAGAAAGGGAGAGGGACAAAGAGAGAGAAAGUUACAUUAGGAGGGCAGAGCAGGCUGCUGCUCAUGCGGCAGCUGCUGAUAGCACCGCUCAGCAACUGUCUCAACAGCCUCGGAGGCCCUCUUUUCUCAGGAUGGAAAGUCAAGCUGAUUCCUAUAUACUCUCCCUCACGCCUCCCUCUCCUCCUCAGACCAGUACUCAGCACCCAGGGAGCACUACUGGAACCACUGGAUCAGGCUUGAUGGUUCUUCCUCCCCCCGCCCCUUCAGUUGAUGCAGAUGAUGAAUUUGUCUACGCAGACCCCCUCCCACCGCCGUUAGAGUUUGCUAACAGCUUUGACAGGGGAAUAUCAAGAUACUCACAACACGUCAUGCUCUCAAACAGCUUGGCUCCUCGCCAACAGCAGGUACCACCCCCUCCACCGCCUCCUCCCCCUCCUCCCCCCCCACCACCACCCCCUCCGCCCCCUCAGAAAGAACAGUUUGUAAGCGGGUUUCCUGCUCAUACACCUCUGCCCUCACCUCAGGCAGGAGACUCCACUGCUUCCAGCCUGACAUCUUACGACAGUGAGGUGGCAAACCUGACUCAGUCUGCUCCUUCCCCUUCACAGACGUCACCCAAUCCCCAACCCCCUCCCUCACCAUCUACUUUGCAACCAAACAUGGGCCCUCCACCUCCUCCUGCUGUCUCACCACCACCACCUCCUGGAUCCUAUCACAGACCUUUCUCUAUGUCUCAUCAACUUUACAACAGCACUCACAUUCCUGGGCGCUCUUCCCCCACGCCUCCUCCACACACAAUUGCGCCUCCCCCAGCCUACCGUGGUCCUUCAGCUCCUUCCUCCACCUCUGCCACCUCUGUGUCUCACAGGGGCACUGCCUCCCAUGCCACGACCGCUAGCUGUGCUGCUACAACCACCGCUGCUGCCACCUCAACUAGCACCUCCACUCAGCUCUAUCAGGAACGAACACACACUGCACAUACUACAUCCUCCACUAUCAUCACAGGCGGUCGUAGGACAGGUGAACACCAACGUCCUGCCCCCACUACCAAAAAAGGAGAGUCCCAGGAAACAGUGGUGGACUCUGGGAUUGAAGAACUGGAUAGCCGAAGCAGCAGUGACCAUCAUCUGGACAGCAUCCUGGCUCUAAGCAGUGUUGGUGUCAGGGGAGACAGCAGCACUGCUGGAGUCCGGGGAUUAGGAGUUGGUGCUGGAGGACGAAUGGGGGGAGGAGGAGGGGGAGCAGGGGAAACAGAAAGAGGGGGGGAUUUUCUCGACUCUUACAUGAGCUACCUUGAUGGACAAACUUUUGAGAUGCAGAAUGCGACAGUGGCAGCCUCCACCUAUCCAAAAACCAGCAGGUUCAGAGAAGGUGGUCGUGCUGGGGAUUUACACAGACAAACCAGCACUGCUCCUGCAUCCUUUCACUCACACAGGCGAAGAGAUGAGCAAGAUGAGGACGAGAUCGAGGAGGGAGUGGCAGAGGACGAAAGUGGCCAGGAUGGAUACGGUCUGAGAGAUAUGCAAAAUUUGGGACGUCCCACUUCACCGUAUUUUGACCGGCCACGCACUCCAGAGAUAAAGCCUCUCUGGGGAGAGGGCCAGAUGAGUGGUGAUGGUGGCAGCCAGUCAGGGGCACUCUUAGAGGGGAAGAAGAUUUACCCUCCUGCAUCCAGUAUGAAGCCAAGCAUCAUUAAUGAGCUGAGCAGCAAACUGCAGCAAAGAAGCAAGGACAGCUGGAGCAGCCAGAGACCACUGAGCAGACACAGAAGCAGAAACAGAUUUUCAGAAGACUCGGCCUCAGCUCUUAGCCCCCCCUCAGUUCGAUCCCAAUCACCAUCUCCAAUCUCAUUAUCUCAGCCAGCGCUAUCGCCAUCCCCCACACCUGUCUCCCAGUACCCAAACUGGGGACGAUCCCCAUCGCCACAGCCUCCAGCAGCCUCUCAGCCUCCACGUUCACAUUCUCCGCUGUCCCCAACAUCUUAUUCCCCUUACCCCACGUCCCCUAAGCACAGACCUGUCUACCGGACCAAAGCCUUGGAAUUCCAGUUUAUCCCCAGUCGUGAGUCCCGUAAAGCAGAAUCACACAUACUCAAUCGCAGGCGAGCUCCCAGCCCCCUCAUCUCCCCAUCGGAGAGGCCCAAGAUGGGCCCACCACGUCCAUCAUCCCUCCCGCUUCUGCCUACCACACCUCUAUACAGUGCCAUCUAUGACCUCCGCGGUUCAAUCACCCCACCGUCACCUGGGAACCCCCUAGGAGAUCCUUACUUCUCACCCUCGCCUCCUUUAUUUGCCCCCUCUGGUGCACCUCCACCUCCAAAUUCCACCUUAGUUGUCUCUCGUUCUCUUUCUCCAACUCAUUUCCUGUCUGGGACAUCUUCUCCACCUCUGCACCCUCUCCCUCCGCCUACUUGCCUGAGUUACCCCCAUUUACCACCGCCCUCCCCAACAAAGCCUUUUGCUUCCAAGCCGCUGCCCUACUGGACCAAGUAUGAUGUUGCAGACUGGCUGGGUUACCUGAACCUGGGAGAGCACAGAGAACGCUUCCUGGACAAUGAGAUUGAUGGCACCCACUUACCCUCUUUGACCAAGGAAGACUAUCUGGAUUUGGGUGUGACACGAGUAGGCCACCGUAUGAAUAUAGAGCGAGCCCUAAGGAGUGUAAUGGACAGGCUGUCCAGCAGCCCUUUUCCCAUUUCGGUUCUCUCACCUCGGGAUGGACAGACUGAGAGGAGGAGGGAUGAUGGGAGUCGAAGCUGAGGUUGCUUAUGCGGACAAAAAGUGAGGCACACAAGAAGAAGAAGGAGGGGUUGAAGUCAAUGAGGGAGGAAGGCUGCAACUGCUGUAAUUCACGGUGGAUUCACACAACAAAUGAGAGGCGAACACAUUUCACACAGAGCGCAACACAAAGAGGGAGUCAAGCCACGAAGAGAAAGAUGGAAACACAGGAAUGGAAGAAUGGCUGACAAUCCAUGAAGACACCAGCUGGCAGGUCCCCCAGUUGUGGCAGGCUGAUUUACAAAAGUACACUCCCCACAUGCAUGCAUGCUCACACUAUUCAACACCAAUAACAAAAUCUCCUUUUCAUCCAAAAAAAAAGGGUAUGAAGACUCUACGGCUGCAGCAGAGAUGUGGAGUGAAGAAAAGUGAUGAAGCUGAAGCAAAACUCAAAGAACAAUUACAAGCCAAUUCGUUUUGGUUAAAUCUGAGUAUUAGAAUAUCAGAUGUUUUUAGGUCAUCUUGUUAAAUGGUCCCUUAUUUAUAAGGUUUAAGAGUGGAAAGAAUAAUAAUUAGAGUGCAAUCAGCAACAACCCCUUCCAGUGAGAGGAUGCUAGUUUUAAAACAUGCCUGAAUAUCAUAGAGCAGGAGAAUCUGAGGGUGAAUGGGGAUGAAUGUGUCCAGGAGCGAGGCUCUAUUUGUCUACAUGGAUGAACGUAGGACAAAGCCGUAUAUCUUGACAGCUUCCACGUCUUUUUUAGAGGUGACGAGGGAGCUGACGGAUGACUUGUGUCCUUGGUUCCAGCCAAAGAGGCUUGCAGUGUGUUUGGAUUUGAUUGGUCACGUCUUGUUUUUACCUCAUCACUGGUAGGGCUCGGUCCUCACUGGCAGAUCCUGUGAUCAGGAUCACGUGUGUUUCUCUAUAGCUCUUUAUCAUCUUACAUUUUAUAACGACAUAUACAGACUGGUCACUGUAUCACAAAUUUGUAGCAAAUGUAAGUGCCCAGACCAACAACAUACACACACACACACACACACACACACACACACACACCUGUUACUAUUAUUCAUGCCUGCAUGCAAACACCAACAUGUGGACACACGAACACAAGCACUUUCCAGUAUAUGUGUCAGAGUUUAUGGGACAUCUAUAUAUA